AUGUCAACGUCGAAGAAGACCAAGCCAAAGAGACAGUGGGAGGAUGUUGCGAGAGAAGCUCAGGAAUACAGAGAUGCAAGUAUUGGAAGAGUUCCAGGCAUCACUGAGAUCUCUGCGCGACUUGAAAGUUUGAACGCACUUCCAAAAUGCUCUUUAGAUAUUCCAGGCAAGGUUCUCGAGCUCAAAGACAUUAAGAUCACUCAAUGUCUUCCAGAAGAUCUGGUUGCCAUGCUAGGCAAAGGAGAAAUAAGUGCAGUCGAAGUCACGACCGCCUUCCUCCGUCGAGCAGCUCUUGCACAGAGACUAACGAACUGCAUCACCGAGCUUCUUCCCGAGAGAGCAUUAGCUCGGGCUAAGGAACUCGAUGAUUAUUUUGAGCAACACAGAAAGCCUAUCGGACCUCUUCAUGGACUUCCAAUCAGCGUUAAAGAGAUGAUUGGAAUGAAAGAACUGGGUCUAAAUGCAGGCUACGUCGCUUGGUGGGGCAAGACUGCUACUGAAAAUGCACACGUACUGGACAUUCUGUGGAAUGCUGGCGCAGUCUUUCAUGCGAGGACUACUCAACCACAGAGUAUGAUGCAUUUAGAGACAGAUAAUAACCUGUAUGGCGUGACGGUCAACCCAUCCAACAGGAACGUCUCAUCUGGUGGCAGCAGUGGUGGUGAAGGAGCUUUGAUAGGGAUUGGUGGAAGCUGCCUUGGCAUAGGUUCAGAUGUAGGAGGAAGUAUCAGAAGUCCAGCGGCAAACUGUGGAAUAUAUGGAUUAAAGCCGACUGCGUUUCGCAUUCCCACAGAUGGAUGGUGCUCCACAAUGGCAGGCGCCGACCCAAUACCAGGAGUAAUCGGACCAAUGAGCACCAGUCUUGAAGGCAUCAAGCUAUUCAUGAAGACGAUUCUCGACUCUCAGCCCUGGCUCUCCGAACCCGCACUCAUACCAAUGCCUUGGAACACUUCCAUCCAAAUAUCAGAUACCCAGCCCUUAAAAAUUGCAAUAACGUGGAACGACGGAGUCGUCACUCCUCACCCGCCCCUAACUCGCGCACUCCAAGCCCUCGUCUCGCAACUCCAAACACUACCAAACCUCGAAAUCGUAGAUUGGCAUCCAUACCUGCACGACGAAGCCUGGGCCAUAAUCUCAAGCCUCUACUUCACAGACGGCGGCGCAGAAGACGCUGCCACGAUCGCCGAAUCAGGAGAGCCGUGGCGACCGCUCACAACGUGGAUGAUUAAACAGAAUCCAUGCGUCAAGAAAUUGACUCCACAAAAAUUGUAUUACUGGCAAGAAGAACGAGAAGCAUAUCGGAAAGAAUACGCGAAAGUGUGGAACGAGACGGCGUCUGGGGAAAGUGGAAGAAUGGUCGAUGUGAUCCUUUGUCCUGCCGGUCCUGGGGUUGCUCUGAAACAUGAUACGGCGAGGUAUUGGGGGUAUACUAGCCAGUGGAAUUUAUUGGAUUAUCCCGCCGUUGUAUUUCCUGUAGGCAAGGUUGACAAGGACAAAGAUGUGGCGACGAAGAAUUUCAAGCCGAUGACGGAUAUUGACGAGGAUCAUUGGAAGUUAUAUGAUGCGGAGGAAUUCGACGGACUACCAAUCUCGUUGCAGCUUGUUGGCAGACGCUUCGACGACGAGAAAGUACUUGCGAUCUUGGAAUAUAUCAAGCAGAGAACAGUACUUCCUUUCAUCGAUUCUCAGUAG